UAGGGUUGCCCUACUGAGCACAGUUAUAUCAUCUGUUUUGUUUAAGCAAAAACAAAAUGUUGCGGCAAAUUUUGUCUUCUGCAGUGGCAAAGUCGACACGAGGCCUGUCCUUUACUGUUAACCGUUUGGCCAGCAACUUGGACAAAUCGGAAUACACAACUCCGGGAGAAAUCAUUGACUAUGACGAUCCAACGCACUUGCCUGUGCCUGAGUAUCCACUAAGACCCGAUGAACCUUUAGAAACCCGCAAGCAGAGACUGCUUUAUCAAUCGCGCAAACGGGGAAUGUUAGAAAAUGAUUUACUCCUAAGCACAUUUGUGGCCAAAUAUCUGAGGGAUUUCAAUGCGGAUCAAACGGCUCAAUACGAUAAAUUGAUAAACGGUGUGAGCAAUGACUGGGAUAUCUUUUAUUGGGCCACAGAAACGAAAGCUACUCCAGCAGAAUAUGAUAACGAGAUAAUGCAAAUGCUGAAGCAACAUGUUAAAAAUGAGGAACGUGUCCAGCGCAUAAGGCAACCCGAUUUGUAAAGAGGUUUCUGAGUGAAUGGAAGGAAAGGCAUUUCGUAAAGAUCUGUAUUAAAAUGUUUGUAAUGUUGAAGUAAAAUUAAUAUACAUGAAUAAGCUUUAAAAUUAAAACUUGUUAUACGACUAUACUUUUUAAUGGCAGAUUCUGUUAAUUAUUCAUACAAAUAGUAAAAAGUCUUAAGAGGAA